AUGUCUUACUACGAUGAUGGACGCGAUGGCGAGGAAGGCGGCCGUGCAUAUGGUGCCGGUGGCUACGGUGGUGGCAGCCGUGCAUAUGGUGGCCGCGGAGGCUAUCGUCCAAGAUAUGAUAGAGGCUACGACGACGGCGGCCGUGGCGGCUAUGGCGGCAGAAACGACAGAGGCUAUGGUGGCCGUGGCAGACAUGAAGACUUCAGUUAUGAAGCAAUGACACCAGCACAAGAUGAUCCAAACUUCAUUCCAAACUGGACAACACGCGUUGACGAUUUCGAUCAGAUGGAUCUUCCUCCAGCCCUUCUUCAGGGUGUUUACAGCUACGGUUUCAGAGCACCUUCCGAAAUUCAAGCCAUUGCUAUUGGAGCCAUUCGUGAUCCUUCUAACAGACACGUUAUCGCCCAAGCACAGUCUGGUACCGGUAAAACAGGUGCCUUCUCAAUCGGUGUUCUUUCUAAAAUCGAUGUUUCCCAAAAGACAACACAAGCCCUUGUUUUAGCUCCAACACGUGAACUCGCUACACAGAUUUUCAACGUUUUCAAGGAAAUCGGUUCCCGUAUCCCAGGCCUUGAUAUCGCUAUCUUCAUCGGUGGCGCACAGAGAGUUGUUGAUGCCCAGGCCCGCGCCGCAUCACAUCCACACAUCUGCAUCUGCACACCAGGUCGUGCUUUGGAUCUCAUCGUCUCCGGACACCUCCGUGUUCAGAAUUUCAAGAUGGCCGUCUUAGAUGAAGCCGAUCAGAUGCUUUCUGAUAACUUCAUUGAGCAGGUCAACGAUAUCAUGGAAUACUUCCCAGAAGAUGUCCAGAUUCUCCUCUUCUCCGCUACAAUUUCUCAAUCUAUCUUCCACAUCAUGAACACAUUCAUGAACGAUCCAUUCAGAAUCCUCAUCAAGAAGGAGCAGCUCACACUCGAAGGUAUCAAGCAAUUCUACGUCGAUGUCCAGGAAACAUCCAACAAAUUCGACUGCCUUCUCGAUAUCUACGGCUCAGUUUCCAUCCAGAAGGCCAUUAUCUUCGCAAACUCAAAGAAUGCCGUCGACUACAUCUCAGAACAGCUCCAGCAGCACGGUUUCGGAGUUGCUCCAAUCCACGCCGGCCUCGACCAGCUCGAGAGAGACAGAAUCAUGAGAGAUUUCCGUACAGGCACAGCCCGUGUACUUAUUUCUACAGAUCUUCUCGCUAGAGGUAUCGAUGUUCAACAGGUUACACUCGUUAUCAACUUCGAAUUGCCAAAGAAGCUCGAACAGUACAUCCACCGUAUCGGUCGUUCCGGUCGUUAUGGUCGUAAGGGUGUCGCUAUCAACAUCUGCGACCACGAGGAUAUGAACGUCAUCGAAAUGCUCAAGAACCACUACAUGACUACAAUCAACGAGCUUCCAAGCGAUAUCGAGAGAGUCGUUAACGAGGCUAACGCUCAGUGGGAUGAAAAGUAA